AUGGCAGGUGGUCUAUCAAACGCUGGAGAUACUUUUGUUGAUGGAGCAGUCAUAGCUGCAGCACGAACAUUGCCAAGUUGGUCAGACGGGGAUGUGCCUCCAGUCCCUAGUGUGGAAAGAGCGGCUGUGAAGGAGUUGCAAAGUGAAUGCCGAAAGAUGCUCGCAGGAUUUGCUACAACCUCUAAGCAAGACCAGAAAUUGCUCGGUAAAUUUGAUAUUGCACAGAAAAUUGUUCAUGGAGAAAGUUAUCCAAACAUUGGAGAUAUAUCAAGAGAAAAUACUGUUCUGAUCCCCAAUCCACUAACAGGUGAAUAG